AUGAAUAUCGAGAGUAACCGUCCGAGUCACAAGCUCUUCGGCUCCACGCCCCGGCCCCGGCUCCACGUCCCGGCCCCGGCUCCACGUCCCGGCCCCGGCUUCACGUCCCGGCCCCGGCUUCACGCCCCGGCUUCACGUCCCGGCCCCGGCUUCACGUCCCGGCCCCGGAUUCACGUCCCGGCUUCACACGCUGCUCAGUCGUGGAGUCGAGCAGAUCGUGAGGAGUGGGAGAUCUGUACCUGCGGCUGUCUUCAGGAACCAGCAGAAGGCCAUACCAUGGGGGACAUCAAGAAAGGCAAGGCCACGUUUGUGAAGAAGUGUGCGCAGUGCCACACGGUGGAGGAGGGGGGCCGGCACAAGGUGGGGCCCAACCUGUGGGGGCUGUUCGGGAGGCAGACAGGACAGGCUGAAGGCUUCAACUACACCCAGGCCAACAUUGACAAGGGAAUCACGUGGAGCGAGGAGACCCUGCGCAUCUACCUGGCCAACCCCAAAAAGUACAUCCCCGGCACCAAGAUGAUCUUCAGCGGCAUCCGGAAGAAAAGCGAGCUGACUGCGGUGUCCGCUCAGACUCACUCUCGCUGCGGCGUCAGGACAGAGCAGAGCCGCGGAUCUCCUCAGGGACCCGCCCACCUGGAAACACACGCACAGACACAUCCUCCCCAGACACAAGGUGCAGUGCAUCCGUCAGACAGCCCCAGCAUGGCGCUCCUCCAGCUCUGCUCCUCCCUGCUCCUCUUGGCUCCAGCCUGGGCCUCCAAGCCGUCGUACUGGGAUGGCCUGAUGUCGGCUCACUCCGCUGUGCGUAUGCUGAACAGUCCUCUGAGGUUCGAGCCCUGCUGUCUGUUUGCCCCGCCCCCUCCUCCACUGUUCCCGCCCCCUCCUCAGCUCUGGAACAGGGGCCGCCCGAAUCAGAGGCAGAGGAAGCGGUGGCCAGACCCAGAGUUUCAAGUCCAGGCUGUGCUCAGGGCCCCCCAGGACCCCCAGGUGCUACAGGACCUGAGGGAGACAUGGGAUUACCAGGAAUCCGAGGAGCCAAAGGGGGAGAUCGGACGUCCCGGGACAAAGGUGAGCGCUUCUAUCUGUGACGCCCUUGAGGGGAGAACAGGAGCUCCGGGACUGCCAGGGAAGCAGGGUCUGCAGGGCUGGCCCGGUCCAGAGGGGCCCAAGGGGGAGAAGGGUGAUCCGGGACUGAUGGGGCUGCCUGGACUCCGAGGACCCCCUGGGAAUAAGGGGCUGCCCGGAUACAAAGGAGACAAGGGUGCGCAGGGGGAUCCAGGAGCCGCGGGAACAAAGGGUGAUAGGGGAUCCGGGGGUCUGCCUGGGAUGCUCGGACAGAAGGGAGAACAGGGACCCAAGGGAGAGCAAGGGGUCCCAGGAAAAAGAGGACCAACGGGACGGCCUGGGAAGCGUGGAAAACAGGGUUUUAAGGGCCAGUUGGGUUCUCCAGGAGUCAUGGGCCCCCCAGGACCAGCAGGACCUAAUGGGCACCCCGGCCCCCCAGGCCCUCCUGCCUCAGGCCUGUACCUGGUGGGAGAGAAGGGGGAGAAGGGGGUCCCAGGACCACCAGGCCAUUGUCAGUGCGAGCCCUCUGUGAACAGCGCUCCCUUUGGCAACUACAGGCUCCACGACAGCUCCAGCAAAGUGCCCGCUGUGUUUGUGGUGAGCUCUGAGGAGGAGAUGAAUCGUCUGCACGGAGAGAAUGCCAUAGCAGUCAGGAAGGACCAGAGGGCGCUCUACUUCAGAGACAAGGAUGGAUGGAAGCCUCUGCAGGUCAGACUUCAAUAUCAUCAAACCACUGUACAUGUCUAUACCCCCAUUUCCCCCAUGAUGACCCUCAUGAUGACCCCCAUGAUGACCCCCAUGAUGACCCCCAUGAUGACCCCCAUGAUGACCCCCAUGAUGACCCCCAUGAUGACCCCCAAUAUUACCCUCAUGAUGACUCCCAUGAUGACCCUCAUGAUGACCCCCAUGAUUACCCUCAUGAUGACCCCCAUGAUGAACCCCAUGAUGACCCCCAUGAUGACCCCCAUGAUGACCCCCAUGAUGACCCCCAUGAUGACCCUCAUGAUGACCCCCAUGAUGACCCCCAUGAUGACCCCCAUGAUGACCCCCAUGAUUACCCUCAUGAUGACUCCCAUGAUGACCCUCAUGAUGACCCCCAUGAUUACCCUCAUGAUGACCCCCAUGAUGAACCUCAUGUUGACCUCCAUGAUGACCCUCAUGAUGACCCCCAUGAUGACCCCCAUGAUGACCCCCAUGAUGACCCCCAUGAUGACCCUCAUGGUGUCUCCUAUGAUGACCCUCAUGAUGUCCCCCAUGUUGGCAAGAGCUCUACCCUUCCAGUCGUACCAGUCCACAGAGAAGGUUCCAGACCGGGUGGGGUCGUGUGGAGACGGGACGGUCCAGGCUCAGCACGGGGAGGAGUGUGACGACGGCAACCACCACGUCAGUGACGCCUGUCUGAACUGCAGAUGGGCCUUCUGUGGAGACGGGUAUCGGCACGAGGGCAUGGAGGAGUGUGAUGGGAAGGACUUUGGAUACCAGAGCUGCAAGUCCUACCUGCCUGGAUCGUUCGGGCAACUGCAGUGCACUGACUCCUGCCUCAUCGACUCCACCGGCUGUAAGUACUUCAGCUGA